AGGCAACAGACUUUAGGUGUUGGUCCAACAGUGAACCAAAACCGGAGCAGUUGAAGAAUCCUAAAGCAGAGAAAAGACAGGACGAAGACAGGAUGAAGCUGACCCUAGUGCUAUUGGCCCUCGUGGGCUGUGUGGCCGCCUUCAGCGUGCCCACCCCCCAGGUGAAGAUCGCCGACAAGACCUUCCUCGAGAAGCAGAAGUUCCUCUUCGAGAUCGUCUACCGCGUCGAGGAUCCCCUCAUGUUCGAGGAGUGGAUCAAGUUUGGCUCCAAGUUCAUCUACGACAAGAGUUUCUACACGAAUUACGAUGUCUACAUGGAGAAAUUCUACGAGUCCUACAAGCUGGGCGCUCUGCUGCCCAAGGGCGAGUUCUUCGGCGCUCUGGUGAAGACCCACAUUAAGCAGGCCUACGGUCUGUUCAACUUCUUCUACUACGCCAAGGACUGGGAGACCUUCGUGAGCAACGUCGCCUGGGCCCGCAUCCACGUGAACGAGGGCAUGUUCAUCUACGCCCUGACCCUGGCCGUCAUCCACAAGCCCGAGUUCCAGGGCCUGAUCCUGCCCCAGAUCUACGAAAUCUUCCCCCAGUACUUCUUCAACAGCAAGUUCGUGUACGAGGCCGAGAAGUUCGACUAUGAGGUCUUCAGCAAGCUGACCAUGUACGAGAAGGAGUACAAGGACAUCCUGUACAAGGACUACAGCAAGUUCACCGGCAACUUCUACUUCUACACCAAGGACUGGAAGACCUUCCAGUGGUACAAGAUGAUGGGUCUGGACCAGGAGUGGUACGUCGAGGACAAGUACUUCCUGCGCGAGAACUUUGCCGAGUUCGCCAACGAUCCCAAAUACGUCGAUGUGAUGCAAGGCCUGAAGAAGUUCUACUUCCCCGUUGACUACACCCGUGACAUUGACUUCUUCAACGAUCAGACCAAACUGAGCUACUUCACCGAGGAUCUCGGCUGGAACGCCUACUGGUACUACCUCAACAUGGACUACGCCUUCUUCCUUGACGGCAAGAAGUUCGGUUUGGACAAGGACCGCCGCGGCGAGUGGUGGAUCUACAACGUCCAGCAGAUCCUGGCCCGUUACUACCAGGAGCGUUUGGCCAACGGCUUCGGCGAGAUCCCCGAGUUCUUCUGGUACAAACAGAUCGAAUACGGCUACGAUCCUCAGCUGAUCUACUACAACGGCGUCGGCUACAGCUACCGCAAGAACUACUACGACUUCUACACCUACGGCAACUUCGAAAUGUUCGGCAAGAUCCAGAACUUCUUCAGCAAGAUCUACAAGGUCCUCGAGACCGGAUUCUACAAGACCGCCGACGGUCAGGUGAUCGACCUCCACAAACCCGAAGCCGUCAAGUUCAUUGGCAACUACCUCCAGGGCAACACCGACACCUACGACAAGUACUUCUUCAACUUCUACUAUGUGCUCUCGCACAUGUACUUCGCCGAUGUGGAAUACUACGAUGUGGAUGUGUUCCCCAACGUGUUCCUCAACUUCGAGACCAUGAUGCGCGAUCCCUUCUUCUACACCUUCUACAAGAAGUUCACCGACGUGUUCUACCAGUUCAAGUACUACCUGGGCCCCUACACCCAGAAGGAUCUCUUCUACGAGGGCGUGACCAUCAAGGAUGUGACCGUCAGCAAGCUGGUGACCUACUACGACAUCGUUGACUUUGAUGUGACCAACCUGCUCAACGACAAGAUGACCUUCGUCGACGGCCAGUUCGUGUGGGACAAGGCUCUCCUGGCCCGUCAGGCCCGCCUCAACCACAAACCCUUCCAGUUCGAGUUCACCAUCGAGUCCACCAAGGCCCAAAAGGGUGUUGUCCGCGUCUUCCUGGGCCCCAAGUUCGACGAGUACGGCCAGGUCAUCCCCCUGAACUACAACCGCAAGAACUUCGUCCAGAUCGACAGCUUCGUCUACCCAUUCGUUGCCGGAGUCAACACCUUCAAGCGCAGCUCCAACGAGUUCUCGUGGACCGCCAAGGACAGGAUCACCUACACCGAACUGUACAAGUACGUGAUGCUGGCCAGCGAGGGCAAGUACGACUUCCCCCUGGACAUCAGCGAGCCCCACAACGCCUUCCCCGACCGCCUCGUCCUGCCCAAGGGCUGGGAACAGGGUAUGCCCAUGCAGUUCUACUACUUCGUCUCGCCCUAUGCCGAGGAGUACGAGCAGUUCUCCAACUUCGACUACACCUACGCCUCUGGAGUCGGCUCCGGCACCCGCUAUGUCGACAGCAAGCCCUUCGGCUACCCCUUCGACCGCCAGAUCGACGAAUACGACUUCUUCGUGCCCAACGGCUUCUUCCAGGACGUCAAGAUCUACUACGUCGACAGCUUCGCCAAGUACUUCGAGAAGAAGUACCCCAAGUUCGGCACCUUCGACUAUUCCAUCGAAUACUAGAGAGCUCUGUUCCCUUAGUCGUAGCUCUAGCUUUUCUAAGUGCAAUGCCAAAGGCAAAAAAAUCCAAACCAAAAAAAUGUAAAGACGAAAUCAAACGAAUAAAAACU